CAUUGUUGAAGGUCUGUCGAUGACUCUAUGGCACUAUGGCAACAACUAUCUACAUGUAAUGUGAGCACGAUACAGGAGCUUUAUGGUCACAGUCCAAUCAGUAUUUUGGUAAGACACAACUUAGCAGAACACAUAGAAGUACGACCAUGGAGCCAGUACAAUGUGGAGGAUCCGUCUCACCAGAGGGACAUUCAGCAGGAGUUUGCUCAUUUCAUGAUGAUGUUAAAGUUUAAGAUAAGUGAGUUGCGGAACAGUGGGGAUAUGGAACGAAUUAUAGACACCUCCCAAAGACUAGAGGAACAGUACAACAUUCUAAACAACAACUUCUCUACAAACCCCAGCGAGUUUAUCAAGAAAAUGCAGCACCUGCUUUCUGAGGAAGCGAAGAUACUCCGUGCAGCAGACACCCCAGAAAUGGAAGUGAAACCCACUAUAGGUGACACGUGGAUGGGGGAUUUGCAGGGCUCCCUCUUCUCCCUCUCCUUUAAGCACGUCAAGGAGCUGAAAGCAAGGAUAGACGAGCAGAUCAACACGCUGGAUGAGAGGGCUGAUCUAAAGAGGCUGAGUCAGGAGGAGAUGCACAGGAAAACAGCAAGCUUCCAAGCUCGCAUGUCUGAGAUGAAUGCUGCUCAGCGGGAAAGUUUUCAUCAGAACAGAGAGAGAUGCAUGAGAACACUCCAAGGAAUGCACUCUCAGAUUAACGAAGUAGUUACUCGACUACUCUCUCUAUUUGAUGAUAUAACAAGAAAGCUCAAAGAGGCCCACGACUAUAUUCUCAAGGAAAUAGAUGACUGGAAGGAAGAACAAAGAAGGGGGAUGAUCAGUGGAAAGCAGCCACCCUCCCUUGACUACAUCGAGAGGGACGCUUGCGUGCUCGCUGAUGCUCUCACGGGGUGCGCCAGCUACUACGCUCGCUUGCGAGAUCAUCUGGACGACAUGGCGGAGAACAGAUCCCUAAUCUUGCAGUUCCACGGUGUGAUACUCAACUUUAUCAGAGCCCUCAUGUUCAAGUGCUUCAUCAUAGAGAAACAGCCUCCACAGGUAAUGAAGCGGGAUACAAGGUUCUCGGCCGGCGUCAGAGUUAUUGCCGGUGAACGCUGGGGAUUUGCCAUCAAACAACCAUCGGUGAAAGUGAAUCUAGUAAAUGCUGAGCAAGCUCAAGCUAUUCUGAACCACAACAAUAGUGAUGUACGAGACGUUCAGGUGUGCGGAGAGGUCCUCAACGGUGAUAAGGUGAUGGACUACUCUACAUCGACAAAGACAGUACAGUUCCAGUUCAAGAACCUUGUCCUGAAGAAGUUGAACCGAGCAGCGGACAGACGGGCUGCUGAACUUGUGACCGAGGAGAAGUUUGGUGUUUAUUUCCAGUGCUCGGUAGACCUACCUUAUAAGAGAGCUACUCACCUCACCCCCACUCCAACAUCGGAGACUCCCGCAUGGUGCUUCCAGCCGUCUCUCUCCCCGUCACAGUGACCGUCCAUGGCAGUCAGUCCUCCGCAGCAGAGGCCACCAUAUUCUGGGACAACAGUUUCGCUCCAAGGAACAGAGAGUCUUUCGUUCAUCCCGGUGCACACCCGUGGGGCGAACUUAAGGCCCGGAUAAGUGACUGUUUCAUGAAAAACACCGACCGUUAUCUGAACGAAGAUGCACUGCGGUAUUUAGGGAUGAAAGUGUUAAAUCUUGACUCACCAGAUGAUUUGGACAACAAGCCAGUUUCGUGGCAGGCUUUCUCCAAAGAUACUCUGAAGAGACCCGACCGGACGUUCACUUUCUGGGAGUGGUUAUACAGCUGCAUCGACCUCAUCAAGAAACACUUUCUGCCCAUGUGGAAGGAUAAUCUCAUCGAGGGAUUUAUAUCGAAAGCAAGAACAGAAGCAUUACUGAAGUCAGCUGAACCGAACACAUUUUUACUCAGAUUCCCAGACUCAAAACAGGGAAUGAUAUCGAUAUCCUUAAAACAACCUGACUCAAGCGUCAAGCACAUCAUCUACUCCGCUGCAGAAUUAAAAAAGCACGGUCUAGCUCAGAGAAUUCUUGAUCCCGAUGUUUUACAGUUUUUGUAUCCCCGCCAUCCAAAAGAGAUGAAGUUUAAGAAGUACUACAAGGCUGUUAAGGAGGAAGUGCCGGGCUACGAGAAAGAUCUGAUCAAAGCCCACAUCCCGCUCGAACAAGUCGAUAUUAUGAAACUCGACACUUUAUUCACUGAACCGGAGUCUGGAAAUGAAAAUGAUUUGAUGGAAAUCAUCUCUUAUUUUGAUUCCUAUUGAAGAGGGCUGGAACAUCAAACGUUGUUGCCACGUGAUGCCCAUAUAAGGAGUGCUACUUGUUGCUCGAUCUAUUUGUCAGACCUGACUUAGGAAUCUAGGAUGGCCCCACACCUUUCCUCUCUCCUGACUGUGACUGUAGGGCGACUUGAUUUGAAGUGAGAGUUAAUUGUGUGAGUGAACUUGGAUAUUAGUGGGUAGGUGAGCUUGUUUUGACACGUGUUUUUUUUUGGCCGAUCGUUUUCAUUUGUUACAAAGAAGGCUCACCUCCCUACUUAUAUCCAAGUCUAUAUAUUUGGUUAAUUUUUGGGCGACGAUCCAUGAUUUAAUGACACGUGACAUAAUGACAGAGUUCAGACCCUGAAACAGUAUUGAACAGCACUGUCACGUGUCUAAGCAAGUUGAGAUAUAUAGAUCGCCUCCCCACUAUGAACCAAGUGUACACGGUACUCUCAAACUACAGGUGUCCACCAUUUUAAUACGCUGGAUACGUCCACUUCUUAAUGUUUUAGUCUGAAUAAUGACUUGAAGACCUUGUUAGCACACGCAGGUUUUUUCAAUAUCUGCUUUUUUUCAAUUCUACUUUCAAAUGUCAGUAAAUUUCACAGUUUGAAUUAAUGCUUUUUCGCGACCAAGUUUGUAUUCUUAUUCGGGCAAUGUUUUAACUUAAUGGUGUGUCGAAAUUGGUCAAAAACAACCAUGCGAUUUUAAAUACUUGCAUUUGAAUACAAGCUAUGAAUCUAAUGUUGAUCA